GGCUGUCGCGGCGAUCGCUCAUCGCCGAACCGACCCAGAUCUUGAACAACUGUAUAAAAGAUUUGAGAUAUUUUGAAUACCAAGUUUGGCCCCUCCUAUAUGUCUUGGCCUAAUUCAUAAACCGCAAUAAUUUUGCGAGAUCUCCUGCAUUCCUGAAACAGCCCUCCUUGAAGCUGAAUUGUAGAGUUUAUAAUCUAAAGGAAAAUUUCGAGUUUUGACAAAAUUUUUAUUCUUAUUCUUUUCACAUUUCUGAGAUUGAAUUACUCUAACCAUGUCAGAAGAUUGGAAGGCGACGAGUCCGGGUCGCUGGGAGCGCCCUAUUGACAGCCUCGAGGAUUACUUUGUCACGAUUGCAGACUUGACACGACCAGUUGGAGGUGAACAUUUCUCCCUCAGUUUUGGUGCUCAGAUAAAGUUCCACCCCGAAAGAACUCUGGAAGAUAUCGAAGCGGCUUUGAAGCAGGCUUGGACAGUAUUACGGUUUGAGCACCCUCAGCUGGCGACCACUGUAGAGGGUUCUCACAUGGUCUACGAAACAUUACGAAAUGAAUCAGCGCAGCAGGAUUGGCUUUCUCGCACUGUUGUGAUGGAUACCUCUUCCAACUCUUCCGCAGAGCUUUUCCCGCAAUUGAACCAAAGCCCUAAGCAAGCCGUAUUGUACUAUCUACGCACUUCGUCAGAGGUCGUGAUUCACAGUUCACACUGGCGCACAGAUGGAAUUGGUGCCACUUUACUACUAUCUCAACUACUAAAGCAUAUAGCCACACCGCUGACGUCGGCGAUCGUCUUUGGCUCCGAAUGUGCACGCUUACAUCCGAGCCACUUUGCGCUCUUAGGAGCAUCCGACAAGCCUCCCGAAGCCAGUCAAUAUAUCACAGAUCAAAGCCUUGCUGAUUAUAUUGCGCAUUUACCCUCCAUUCAAAUUCCUUCAGCUGGAGAACCCAUGCAGAAACUCUCCCCGACUACUCAUCGGCAGGAGAUUGUGAUUUGCGAUCAGCAGACAACUGACCUCGUCGCAAGUGCCAGGGCUCGUGGUGUCACUCUCACUGUUGUGGCACAUGCGGCUUUGAUACAUGCUACCAAGCGGAUGAAUACUAGUAUCUCGUUGGACGAAAAUGCAAGUUAUGCAUGCAUCUGUCCGGUGUCGCUGCGUGACCAGCUACCAAGCCCUUAUAAUGGUCCAUCUUACGCAGCCUCCGUAGCUAUGACUGGUGUUCCUAUGGGAUUUACAUCAACAAACUUGAAGAAAGACAUUGAGUUUCUGCAGGGGCUUUAUCGUAAUGAGGCAAAGCGUCCAGAAAGGAUUGAGGGCCUACGCGCAUUUCAGACGAAGAUGACAACAAUUCUUAAACAGCCUCCUAUUGCCGAGGUGCCGAUUCCCGCACAUCCGACUCUGAAUAGUUUAGGCCUGAUUGAACAAAAUUUACAAUCAUCUUAUCCAAGUGAUCACGGGGACCUGGAGGUUGACAAAUAUUGGAUAGGAACUUCUGUGGUUGACCACACUGUCUGGGUCUAUAUUUGGACUUGGAAGAAGAAACUCACUAUUAGUGCUACUUAUAACACUGGGAUUUAUGAUGAUAGGAUAAUUGGCAAUUUCUUGGAGCAGUUUUCGCAGGUUCUAAUCAAGGAGCUGACGCCCUUAGCCUAAAGAUUUGCGGUAGAUAGGAUUGGAAAAAUACACUCUAUAUAGUGAUAUCAACCGGUCAUUCAUUACUGGUUAUGCAUCCAUUAAUGAAGAUAUGAA